UUUAUGUAAAUUUGUGAACAAGAAAUCCACCUUAUAGCACUAUUAACCCUCAUCAACAAAGAAACUACUUAUCCCUCUAAACUCUCUUUACCCAAACAAAAACCAAAUCCACUUUGUUUUAUUUUAUCAUCGAACAAACCCAAAAUUCGAUUUCGAUUUCAAUGGCGAGACCUAAUCAAGAGACGAUUGAUACAUUCAUCAGCAUCACCGGCGUAUCUGAACCAAUCGCACUUCAAAAACUCCAGGAGCAUGGUGGCAGUCUUAAUGAAGCUGUAAAUGCAUAUUUUAGCGAAGGAGACAGAAAUUUGACGACCAGCUCCGCUGCAGUUCCUCAAGGGGAUUUCAUGGAUAUAGAUGAUCAGCAUGAGGAUGAAAUUCUUAGACCUCCAUCUCUCUUAUCUUUAGCAAGAAAUCUCGAUCCAUUUUCUCUUCUUGAUCCUACAAGAAGUAUAUUUGAUACUCACCUUGGUACAACAAACCAGACACCGUUUGUUACACAUCCAAGAGAGGUAAGGGAAAUUCCGAUAGAAGUUAAUGAUGGUAGUCAAUCCACUCCUCAAGCUGGCCAUAUUCCAAUCGUCGAAGAUGUCACUGGAACUGUUCAUGCCCAAGGUCCAGAUAUACACGGGAGUGUCGUAAUACUUGAUGAUGACGAUGAAGAUGACAAUACUCCACCUGCUCAGACCCAUUCUUCACCUGACAGAGUUGUGAGACCUAGUGCUCCCAACUUUGAGAAUUUACCAGAUAGUAGCAAUGACAUAGAAGAAGAAAUGAUUCGUGCAGCCAUUGAGGCAUCCAAACGGGAGGCUGAGGAAAACUACAGCAAUCACGAACUUGGCAGACAAACUGACUUGAGUGAAUCUGGGCCUAACCCAAGGCAAACAUUUUUAGAGGAUCCUGAGCUUGCCCAUGCAGUUUCAUUGUCCCUGAGGACAGCAGAGCAAGAAAAAGCACGGCGUGUACAAGAAGGUGAUGUUGGAGGACCUACAGCAGGGCCAUCUAAGGCACCGGGAGUUGAAUUAGGGGAAGUAUCUUCAAAUGGAAGAUUGCAGGCAGGAAGCUUAUCCUUUAAAGAUGAAGAUGAAGAUGAAGAUAUAGAGGAGGUGCCUUUGGUUAGGAACACGUCUAGACAUGUGUCACUUACCUCCACAGGAUCAGGCAAAGAGGCUGAAUUUAUCGAGUCUAGCACAGUGGCAAGCACAGCAGUUGAGGAAAGCAGUAGUCCUCCUGAGAAUAAUGACAGUUCGUUCCAAUCUCAUGAAUGGGGGGGCAUUUCUUCUGUAGAGCAUGAUGAAGCAGUAAUGCUUGAGGCCGCAAUGUUUGGUGGAAUCCCGGAAGGAAGUAGUUAUCGCCAUGCUUAUGCACCACACGAGUUCAUGCAGAAUAGGGGUUUCCAUCCCCAGCCCGCACCUCUUGCAUAUCGCCCACCUUCACCAUCAUUGGAGGCUCAACGCUUGAUAAGGGAACAACAGGAUGAUGAAUACCUUGCAUCAUUACAAGCAGACAGAGAAAAAGAAUUGAAGGCCAUAGAGGAAGCUGAGGCUGCUCGUGAAGAGGAAAGGCGGAGAGCAGAAGAAUCUCACAAGAAAUUACAGGAAGAGCGGGUAAUAAUAAAUUUGUACCUAAUUGCAUGGUUUUUUUCAUUGCCCCUUGGAUACAUUGGUGAUUGGCCUAUGCAAGCUCUAUCUAACUCAUAUUUUCCUAGGGAUAGAAAUUGUGUUCCUGUUUCCGUGUUACUUAUUCUUGCAUUUUGCAUAAACUGUCAGGAAUUGGAAGCACAGUUAGCUGCCAAAGAAGUCUCUCUACCACCUGAACCAUCCUCAGAUGAUGAUAAAGCUGUGAACCUGCUGGUGAAAAUGCCAGAUGGCAGCCGUCGUGGGCGUCGAUUCCUAAGAUCUGAUAAACUCCAGUCCCUUUUCGACUUCAUAGAUAUUGGUAGACAGGUGAAACCAAGCAGUUACAGACUGGUGAGACCAUAUCCUAGGCGUGCCUUUGGUGUUGAAGAAAGUGCUGUGACACUCGAUGAACUUGGCCUAACGAACAAGCAAGAAGCUUUGUUUUUAGAGUUAGUCGUCUGAUUCUCUGAUUCAGUAAAGCUAGAAGACAAACUAUUGAAGUCCUUAGUUAGAUUAUUAAAAUAUAAAUCAAUACACAAAAGAACGUCUCAUUUCAAUCUGGUUUUGUGUUAUAUGAUGUUUUUUUUUAUGAAUUUAAAGAUCUAUAAUGACCGUGUGUGCUUUUACUUGUGUUGGAAAUAUUUGUGGCAAUGCUUUGUUGUAGAUUA